AGUGGGAGCUGCACGGAAAGUCGGCGCCGGAGCGGCGGACUGGGCAUGCUCAGAAGCCAGGGCUGGCUCUGGGCUCGAGUAGGAAGCGUCUGCACUCGGGAGGCAGCGGCGACUUUGGGGAAAGUUGCCCGGAGAGGGGAGCAAGCCCCAAGGCGCGCGGCAGCGGCGGGCAGGCGCCCCGGCGGCCCGGAGGAGCAUGGGCACCCUGCGGGAUUUACAGUACGCGCUCCAGGAGAAGAUCGAGGAGCUGAGGCAACGGGAUGCCCUCAUCGACGAGCUGGAGCUGGAGUUGGAUCAGAAGGACGAACUGAUCCAGAAGCUGCAGAACGAGCUGGACAAGUACCGCUCGGUGAUCCGGCCGGCCACCCAGCAGGCGCAGAAGCAGAGCGCCGGCACCUUGCAGGGCGAGCCGCGCACCAAGCGGCAGGCGAUCUCCGCCGAGCCCACCGCCUUCGACCUCCAGGAUCUCAGCCAUGUGACCCUGCCCUUCUACCCCAAGAGCCCACAGUCCAAGGAUCUCAUAAAGGAAGCUAUCCUUGACAAUGACUUUAUGAAGAACCUGGAGCUGUCGCAGAUCCAGGAGAUUGUGGAUUGUAUGUACCCAGUGGAGUACGGCAAAGACAGUUGCAUCAUCAAAGAAGGAGAUGUGGGAUCCCUGGUGUAUGUCAUGGAAGGUAUGCUGGGCAGUGUCCCAAGUAGGAUUGCACACCUAAAUGCCAGAAUUUCUCAUCGUUUUAGCAAAAGAGAAGAGUCAUAUGGUAAGGACUUCACUAAUUAG